GAACAAAUGUUGUUUACAUGAUCAUGCAGUCUGAAAUAAUUCAAGUCUUCUAACCUAUCCCUAAAUUCCCUCUAUAUCUCGUGCUUUGUUGGAGAAAAGUAAUAAUAUGGUAGGAAGCAUUGGGCUUGAAUCGACAACAAUAUUGUCAGUGGAAUGGAACACUGAUAUGAAGGAGGUAGGUGAGGAACUCAAUCCAACCAGCAAGAAAGAGAUUGUGAAGGUGAACAAGAAUGCGCAUCUCAGGUGUCUACCGAUCACGGAGCCAGAUGUCGACGAUGAGAUCACCGGAGAAAAGGAUGCGUAUAUGACUCAAGUCCUAGCUCAAUACCAGAAGAGUCUUGUCCAGAUUACUAGCAACCAGCUAGGUUAUCCAGUUAACCAUGAGUACGAUUAUGGUGCGCUUGGGCAGUUCCAGCAUUUUUCCAUCAAUAACUUGGGUGAUCCCUUCAUGGAUAGCACUUACGGUGUCCAUUCGAGGCAGUUUGAGAUCGGUGUUCUGGAUUGGUUUGCUCGAUUAUGGGAAAUUGAGAGGGAUGAAUACUGGGGAUACGUUACCAAUUGCGGUACAGAAGGAAACCUUCAUGGAAUCCUGGUUGGACGAGAAGUGUUUCCCAAUGGAAUUCUGUAUGCAUCAGAAGAUUCACAUUACUCUGUCUUCAGAGCAGCUCGAAUGUACAGGAUGGACUGUGUCAAGGUUCGUACUCUAUUAACUGGCCAGAUUGAUUGUGCCGAUUUCAAGUCUCAACUACUUGCUAACCAAGGCAGACCAGCUAUCGUCAAUGUUAACAUAGGAACUACUGUUAAAGGGGCUGUUGAUGAUCUUGAUCUUGUCAUACAGACUCUUGAAGAAUGUGGAUUAUCUGAUGACAAAUUUUAUAUUCACUGUGAUGGAGCAUUAUUUGGGCUCAUGAUCCCCUUCGUCGAUUCUGCACCCAAGGUUAGUUUCAAAAAGGCCAUUGGCAGUUUCAGUGUAUCCGGCCACAAAUUUGUCGGAUGUCCUAUGCCUUGCGGAGUCCAGAUCACGAGGAUGAAGCACAUAAAAGCCCUUUCGAGCAACGUGGAUUACAUUGCCACAAGGGAUGCCACAAUCAUGGGAAGCCGGAAUGGCCACUCCCCAAUUUUCCUCUGGUACACACUAAACAAAAAAGGCUACAAAGGGUUCCGCAACGAGGUCCAGAGGUGCCUUAAAAAUGCUCAUUACUUGAGAGACCGUCUCAAAGAAGCCGGAAUCAGUGCUAUGCUUAACGAGCUGAGUAGCACGGUUGUGUUUGAAAGGCCCCGAGACGAGGACUUUGUUCGACAAUGGAAUCUUGUUUGUUUGAGAAAUAUGUCUCAUAUAGUUGUGAUGCCUAAUGUCACGGUUGAUAAGUUGAAUAGUUUCGUCAAGGAGCUGACUGAAAAACGCUCUGUUUGGUAUCAAGGCCAGAAGGUUCAGCCCCCUUGUCUUGCGGCUGAUAUAGGGAAAGGGAACUGUGAAUGUGCUCUCUGCAAAUAAUUUAUCGAAAUUCCGCUGUUGCUUUGGUUGUAAUGGACUUCAAAUUCGUUUCAGUGUGUUUAUUAUUGUAGUGGAACUACAGGAAAUUCGUUUUGGUGUUAGACUUCAACUUUGCUCGCAUACCUCAUGGAGCAUAGUGUUCGCUGAUCCUUCGUUUUGGUGUUAGACUUCAACUUUGCUCGUAUAUCUCGUGGAGCAGAGUGCUCGGAUUCUCUAAUAAAGUUAGUUGCUAUGUCUUUGCUCGCAUACCUCAUGGAGCAUAGUGUUCGCUGAUCUUUCGUUUUGGUGUUAGAUUUCAGCUUUGCUCGCAUAUCUCGUGGAGCAGAAUGCUCGGAUUCUCUAAUAAAGUUGGUAGCUAUGUUGUAAUUUGUAUGUAAAGUUAGUAGCUGUGUUGUAAUUUGUAUGGUUAAUAAACAUGUGUCUGGAAGAAGUUGCAAUGUACUUUGCUUUUUCUGUUUCAAUUCGACGUCUGUGUAAAAAUCUAUCCUGCAUUCCUGCGGUACGAAUA